AUGGUCCUUCAUCGGGUGCCUGCCAGACGAAAAGCCUUUGAGAGAGAAAAGAUUUGGGACGAGUCGUCUCCUGCUGAGGAGCCAGAUCCAGACCUGGGUUCCCAGGAAACCGCAAUGAAUCAAAACGGAACAUCUUAUGUGCCCAUCCCCCCCCAGGGUGGAGAGAGCUGCACAAUCUGCCCUACAGGUUUGCUGUCUGGGUUGGAACCAAGGGCCCGUCGCUGGGCAGUUCCGAGUGUGGGUCUCAAUCUCAUCCUGAGCAUCCUCCUCCUCAUCGUCACCAUCGCACUGUCAGCAAAGAAACCUGAGCCGUGUCCAGCUUGUGCUGCCUGCCCAGUGGCUGCCUGCCCAGAUGGCUGGGUCGGGUACCUGGAGAAGUGUUACUAUUACUCACAGGCUGAAGGGAACUGGACCCACAGCCAGAGCAACUGCUCUGCCCUCGGUGCCUCCCUGGCUGUGAUUGACACCCAGCAGGAAAUGGAUUUCCUGAUGCGCCAUAAAGGACGCCUUGACCACUGGAUCGGCCUCUGGAGGGAACCAGACCAACCCUGGAUGUGGACCAAUGGCACCGAAUUCAACAACUGGUUUCCAAUAGCGGGACGAGGCCUGUGUGCUUUUGCAAGCCCCGGUGGUAUUGCCAGUUCAAGCUGCUCCAAGGAGGGACACUGGAUCUGCAGCAAAGCAGCAGAGAAACCAGCAGGCAGAGCAAAGUGACUGACCCUGGAUGCGUCGGGCCUUGUCCUGUCAGUGGGGCUGGGCCCAGCUGCCUCAGCGCGUGGGGAACUGGACGGGGCUGGCGAAGGGGGACAGCCCAGCAGCAAGGAAGAGAGACGCUCGCUGAAGGACAUCAGGUAGCUCCUCCCCUUGGAGCCUCUGGCCCCCAUUGGCCCA